CUUCAAAUAGUGUAAUACAGCCCACAAGACUACCAAUAUUUGUUGAUAUAUAUAUUAUAUUCAUCUGCUUCUCUUCAUAUAUUUAGAGAAGGAGAAGCCCAACUAGAAAGAAAAAAGAAGGGAGCUGUUCGGCACAAAUUCUAAAGCCUUAUCAAGCAGGGGGAUUCACUUUGACUACUCUCACCAGAAGAUUCCAAGUUUUUGCAUUAUUCUCCAUCACUGUUGCAAAUUUAUUGUUUUAGAACUCAAUGAGCAAUCUCAAGCUUGGUGUCGAAGUUGUGAGUGCACACAACCUCUUAGCUAAAGAUGGCCAGGGCUCAUCUAGUGCCUUUGUAGAGCUCAAGUUUGAUGGUCAGAAAUUUCGUACGACUGUCAAAGAAAAUGAUCUCAACCCUUAUUGGAAUGAGACCUUCUACUUCACCAUAUCAAAUCCAGAUGAACUGCUGAACCACACUCUUGAAGUCCAUGUCUACAACAACAAUAAGAAUGGCCUAUCCAAAUCCUGUCUUGGCAAGGUACGAAUCAGUGGUACAGCAUUUGUACCCUAUUCUGAUGCUGUUGUCUUCCAUUACCCACUGGAAAAAGUGUCCAUUUUCUCACGUUCUAGGGGCGAGCUUGGCCUCAAAGUUUUUAGUACAGAUGACCCUUAUAUAAGGUCCUCCAACCCACUUCCUGCAAUGGAUUCUUCUUCAUACACAAAGUCACGUUCAACACAAGCCCAAGCUCCAGAAACACAAGCUGAGGGGUUGAUUCCCGAGACAAAGUCAAAUGGGAAAAAGGGUUCACGACGCACCUUUCACCACUUGCCAAAUGCAAAUUAUCAGCAGCAGCUUGAUUCUUCCAUUGCUGCAUCCCAGCAACCAAUUAACUAUGGGGUUGAACAGCUUAGACCUGAGCUUAACGCAGCACGUAUGGUUCGCACGUUCUCAAAUUUGUUUUCACAACCAGUUGAAUAUGCACUUAAAGAAACAAGCCCUGUCCUCGGAGGAGGACAAGUUGUUCAGGGUCGGGUUAUACGAGCUGACAAGCCAGCCAGCAUUUAUGAUCUUGUCGAGCCCAUGCAGUUUCUAUUUGUACGAGUUGUGAAAGCACGUGACCUUCCUUCCAAGGAUGUUACAGGAAGCCUCGACCCUUAUGUUGAAGUAAGAGUAGGGAACUAUAGAGGAGUCACAAGUCACUUUGAGAAAAGGCAAAAUCCAGAGUGGAAUGCAGUGUUUGCCUUUGCAAAGGAUAGGAUACAGUCAUCUUUUGUGGAAGUUGUAGUCAAGGACAAGGACAUGUUAAAAGAUGACUUUGUUGGGAUGAUUCGAUUUGAUCUUCAGGAAGUUCCCAUGCGUGUGCCUCCAGAUAGUCCAUUAGCUCCGGAAUGGUAUCAUCUCGAGUCUAAGAAUGGGGAAAAGAAAAAGGGGGAACUAAUGCUUGCUGUCUGGAUGGGCACACAAGCUGAUGAGGCUUAUCCUGAUGCUUGGCAUUCAGAUGCAGCUGGUCCUGUUGAUUCCUCAGUGUUUUCCUCACUUACCCGCUCGAAAGUCUACCAUUCCCCGAGGUUAUGGUAUGUCCGAGUCAAUGUUAUUGAGGCACAGGACUUGAUUAUAUCUGAGAAGACUCGAUUUCCAGAUGUGUAUGUCAAGGUCCAAGUAGGUAAUCAGGUUCUUAGGACAAAGGCAGUCCAAACUCGAACUAUGAAUGUACUCUGGAAUGAGGAUCUGAUGUUCGUUGCUGCUGAACCCUUAGAAGAUUAUCUAAUUCUUUCAGUUGAAGAUCGUGUUGGUCCCAAUAAGGAAGAUGUCUUUGGAAGGGUCAUUAUACCAUUGAAGACUGUUGAAAGGCGUGCUGAUGACCGUAUUGUCCACUCAAAGUGGUUCAGCCUUCAAAAACCAGGUGCAACUGAUGUGCAUGAGACAAAGAAAGACAAGUUUGCUAGCAGGCUUCACCUUCGUGUCUGCCUUGAUGGAGGGUACCAUGUGCUGGAUGAAUCUACUCACUGCAGCAGCGAUCUUCGGCCUACAGCAAAACAGCUCUGGAAGCCACCUAUUGGUAUCUUAGAAUUAGGAGUUUUAAGUGCCGAUGGCCUACACCCAAUGAAGACAAGAGAUGGAAGGGGUACGUCAGACACGUAUUGUGUGGCUAAAUAUGGGCAUAAGUGGGUUAGAACCCGGACAAUCAUUGACAGCAUGAAUCCCAAGUACAAUGAGCAGUACACAUGGGAAGUUUUUGACCCAUCAACCGUUCUCACAGUUGGUGUUUUUGAUAGCAGUGAUGUUGGUCCAAAUGGUAACAAGGAUGUGAGAAUUGGCAAGGUUCGUAUUCGACUAUCUACCCUUGAAACUGGUCGGGUAUACACACAUUCUUAUCCGUUGCUAGUGCUUCACCCUUCGGGUGUUAAAAAAAUGGGGGAGUUGCAUUUGGCACUACGUUUCUCAUGCACAUCAAUGGCGAACAUGAUGUUUCUUUACAGUAGGCCACCGUUACCAAAGAUGCAUUACGUCAGACCAUUGAAUAUAAUGCAGCAGGAGAUGUUGCGCCACCAAGCUGUCAAUAUAGUGGCAGCUCGGCUAAGCCGAGCUGAGCCCCCUCUAAGAAAGGAAGUAGUGGAGUAUAUGACUGAUGCAGAUUCACACCUUUGGAGCAUGAGACGAAGCAAAGCCAAUUUUUUCCGCUUGAUGUCUGUUUGUAAUGGGUUAUUUGCAGUUGGAAAAUGGUUUGGGGAAGUCUGUAUGUGGAAAAACCCAGUCACUACCUCUCUGGUGCAUGUUCUUUUUGCGAUGCUGAUUUGUUUUCCAGAAUUGAUACUGCCGACAGUGUUUUUGUACAUGUUCGUGAUAGGGAUUUGGAACUACCGCUACCGGCCAAAAUAUCCACCUCACAUGAACACCAGAAUAUCCUAUGCUGAUGCUGUGCAUCCUGAUGAGCUUGAUGAGGAAUUUGACACAUUUCCUACAACUAAAAGUUCAGACCUAGUUAGAAUGAGGUAUGAUCGUUUAAGAAGUGUGGCUGGUCGAAUACAGACUGUGGUGGGUGAUUUGGCCACCCAAGGGGAGCGGAUCCAAGCGCUUCUGAGUUGGCGAGACCCGCGUGCCACUGCCAUUUUCGUGACCUUCUGCCUAGUUGCUGCCAUUGUGCUGUAUGUCACCCCUUUUCAGGCACUGGCUCUCAUGGCUGGAUUUUAUGUGAUGAGGCAUCCCCGGUUCCGCCACAAGUUGCCACCAGUACCAUUGAAUUUCUUCCGUCGAUUGCCAGCCAGGACUGACAGUAUGCUAUAGGUUGCUUGGUGUCGUUGCAGGGGUAAUGUUUAUUAAUCCGUUCUAUACUGCUAGUGGUUUCAGCGCUGUGGUCCAAAAAGUGUACAAAGAUUAAAGAUGUCGGAAAUCGGAACUUGUAUCUUAAGUUAAUUCUGCAACAUCUCAUGCCUUUGAAGAGUGCUGAUGGAGGAAAACAGUUUCAAAACGAGGAGGCAUCUCUGCAGGCCAGUUGCAGAGUUUUUGUUCAACUUGCUCUUGAAUAGCAACAGUAUUACCUAACCAAUGGCCCCUGGAUGAAAAACGAAAGGUGUAUGAGAUUGUUCUGUUAUGUAAAUUAAGAAAUUUCGGACUUGGGAAAGAUUGUAUUCCAUACUUUUGUAUAGUUUGUGUGUCUGUUUUCUUGAGAAACUCUUCUUUACAUGCUGCAAAAUUUUAUUGGUACGCGUUUCGCGGAACUGCUGCUGAA